GGGCUGGGGGAGGGGGGCAAGAGCGUGUGGCAGCAGGAGGCCGCCUUCGACCAGCCCUACGCCGGCGCCGUGGACAGCCAGCGGCUCCACCUCUACGCCUUCAACCACACCGUGCGCCGCAACCGGACGGAGGGCGUGCGGGUGGCGGUGAGCGUGCCGUCGGCGCAGAAGGAGGCGCCCGUGCUCUUCGUGGUGCGCCAGCAGGAGGCGGUGGUGUCCUUCCAGGUGCCCCUCAUCCUCCGCGGCCUGUUCCAGCGCAAGUACCUGUACCAGGAGGUGGGGCGCACGCUGUGCCAGCCGCAGACCAAGAGCGAGGCCGAGCUGCAGUUCUUCUACGUGGACGUCUCCACCCUCUCGCCCGCCAACGUCUCCUACCAGCUCCAGGUCACCCGCGUGGACAACUUCGUCCUCAGGACGAACCAGCACUUGGACUUCAAUGCCACCGCCGCCCAGCCACAGUAUUUCAAGUAUGAGAUUCCAGAGGAGGUGGACUCGGUGAUUGUAAAGGUGACCUCAGCCGCAGCCUUCCCUUGCUCUGUCAUCUCCAUCCAAGACAUCCUGUGCCCUGUCUAUGACCUGGACAACAACGUGGCCUUCAUCGGCAUGUACCAGACCAUGACCAAGAAGGCGGCCAUCACGGUCCAGAAGAAAGAUUUCCCAAGCCAUAGUUUCUACGUGGUGGUGGUGGUGAAGACAGAAGACGAAGCCUGCGGAGGGGCGCUGCCUUACUACCCCUUUUCCAAAGAUGAGCCUGUCGAUCAAGGCAACCGGCAGAAAGCCCUGAACGUGGUGGUGUCUCCAGCCGUCACCUGGCAGGCCUAUGUGAGUGGGACCCUUUUCUGCCUGGGCAUCUUCCUCUCCUUCUACGUGGUGCCCCUGCUCCUGGCCUGCUGGGGGACCUGGAGGCGACGGCGGAAGAGGGCGAUGGGGCUGAUAGCCCCUGUAGAGACACCUGGGACUGACACUGGACAUUCCAGCGUCAGCCCAGACCCCUUUGUGGGACGCCCGCCGUACAGUGCCUCUGGUUACGGCUCCUUUGACAAUGGCUCCACAGUCAGCACGGAGAACAUCUCAGACAGCCUGGUCUCCACAGAAGCCUCGUAUGGCUAUGGAGGGCAGGAGCUGUGCCAGCACCGCCAACGACACUUGGCCAUUGCUAUGGACCGUUCCCUGGAGAACCUGGUGGGGCGUCCGCGGCUCGACUCACUCAGCUCCGUGGAGGAGGACGACUACGACACCUUGGCUGACAUCGACUCCGACAAGAACGUCAUCCGCACCAAGCAAUACCUGUACGUGGCAGAUCUGGCCCGGAAGGACAAGCGGGUGCUGCGGAAGAAAUACCAGAUUUACUUUUGGAACAUUGCCACCAUUGCUGUGUUCUAUGCCCUGCCUGUCAUCCAGCUUGUGAUCACCUACCAGACGGUGGUGAACGUCACGGGGAACCAGGACAUCUGCUACUACAACUUCCUGUGCGCCCAUCCCCUGGGCAACCUCAGCGCCUUCAACAACAUCAUCAGCAACCUGGGCUACGUCCUGCUGGGGCUCCUCUUCCUCCUCAUCAUCCUGCAGCGAGAGAUCAACUACAACCGGGCCUUGAUGCGCAACGACCUGCAGGCACUGGAGUGUGGAAUCCCAAAGCACUUUGGCCUCUUCUAUGCCAUGGGCACUGCUCUCAUGAUGGAGGGGCUGCUGAGCGCCUGCUACCACGUCUGCCCCAACUAUACCAACUUCCAGUUUGACACCUCCUUCAUGUACAUGAUUGCCGGGCUGUGCAUGUUGAAGCUCUACCAGAAGCGGCACCCGGACAUCAACGCCAGCGCCUACAGCGCCUAUGCCUGCUUGGCCAUCGUCAUCUUCUUCUCAGUCGUGGGGGUGGUCUUUGGCAAGGGCAAUACGGCCUUCUGGAUCGUCUUCUCCAUCAUCCACAUUGUCUCCACUUUGUUGCUGAGCACCCAGCUUUACUACAUGGGCCGCUGGAGGCUGGAUUCCGGGAUCUGGCGCAGGAUCUUACACGUGGUGUACACAGACUGCAUCCGGCAAUGCAGCGGGCCCAUGUAUGUGGAUCGGAUGGUCCUGCUGGUGAUGGGCAACAUCAUCAACUGGUCACUGGCUGCCUACGGUCUCCUCAUCCGGCCCAACGACUUUGCCUCCUACCUGCUGGCCAUCGGCAUCUGCAACCUGCUGCUCUACUUUGCCUUCUACAUCAUCAUGAAGCUCCGGAGCGGGGAGCGCCUCCAGCUGACCCCCCUGCUCUGCAUCGUCUGCACUUCCGUCGUGUGGGGCUUUGCCCUCUUCUUCUUCUUCCAGGGCUUGAGCACCUGGCAGAAAACGCCAGCAGAGUCCCGAGAACACAACCGGGACUGCAUCCUGCUGGGUUUCUUUGACGACCACGACAUCUGGCACUUCCUCUCCUCCAUCGCCAUGUUUGGCUCCUUCCUGGCCCUGCUGACCCUGGAUGACGACCUGGACUGCGUCCAGCGGGACAAGAUCUAUGUCUUUUAG